AUGGCUCCGCUGCUCGACCCCAGAUUCUUCCCCCACAUCGUGGCAGGCAUCCUAACCUUGGUCGACUACGCCACUCUCCUUAGCGCAAGACAAGUCUGCAGUGCGAUGCGGGAUCUAGCGGACAUGGAGCUGGAGAGCGGAUACGUGCAGGUCUUGGUUCGGGAGGGCCAAGCGCCGGAAGUGCUUGCCGAUUACUACAAGUGGGUAAAUGGGAGGCCGCAAUCUCCUAAGGACCCCCGUGUGCCCAGUGGGUCAGUUCAUUCUUCACUCGAGUCUCGUGCAAGGGCUGUUCGCAACACCAAGUACAUGUGGCUUCACCAAGUGAACGAAACCACAUACCCUGAGCUUCGUGUUCUUAUCAGCAAUAUCCGUUUCACUUCGCGCAUAGAUUACAGGGAUGACUACCGCUACCCUCUCGUAGGAAUUCAACUACCUGCAGCGCACCACCUGGGUAUCGAAUUGUCAACCUUCUGCGCCUGCAAGGAUCCUGGAAUUAGCCCAACUGGUUGCGGAGAAGGCGUACAGCUCAACGCUUCAGAACUCAGACUCGUAACGUCGGACUACCGCACGGAAUGCGAGAAAUGUCGGGAGAACCCCGAUUUACGAUUCAACUUCGACUGCCUUAUCAACGCCAACCUGAAGGCCCUGCGAAUCAGCUGCACGUAUCCCGAGAGGAUCCUGUCUCAUUUCCGACAUCCUGAUGUUCUGCGCAAUCCCAAUCUGACUAUCACCAUUGUCGCCGCUCCUGCCGGACCCGAAGUGGCAGCGGCCGGACCCAAGUUCGCGCAACGCUUCAACCUCCCCGAGGAUCAGAUUCACGUUGUUUAUGACAAGGGGUGGUAA